ACUGGGGAGAGUGGAAAAAGUACGUUCAUUAAGCAAAUGCGUAUAAUUCAUGGCUCAGGCUACUCUGAAGAGGACAAAAAAGGCUUCACCAAGCUGGUGUACCAAAACAUCUUCACUGCCAUGCAGUCUAUGAUCAGGGCCAUGGAAACCCUGAAGAUUCUGUACAAAUAUGAACAGAACAAGGCCAAUGCAGUGCUGAUUCGGGAAGUGGAUGUAGAAAAGGUCAUGACAUUUGAGCAGCCAUAUGUAAGUGCAAUUAAAACAUUGUGGAACGAUCCUGGAAUACAAGAGUGUUAUGACAGGAGAAGAGAAUAUCAGCUUUCUGACUCAGCUAAAUACUAUCUUAGCGACGUGGAUCGUAUUGCUACCCCAGGAUAUCUACCGACUCAGCAAGAUGUGCUACGGGUUAGAGUUCCUACAACUGGUAUCAUAGAGUACCCCUUUGACCUAGAGAAUAUUAUCUUCAGAAUGGUGGAUGUUGGAGGUCAAAGAUCAGAGCGAAGGAAGUGGAUCCAUUGCUUUGAAAACGUGACUUCUAUCAUGUUUUUAGUAGCACUUAGUGAAUAUGACCAAGUUCUGGUGGAAUCUGAUAACGAGAACCGGAUGGAAGAGAGUAAAGCUCUCUUUCGAACAAUUAUCACUUAUCCAUGGUUCCAAAACUCUUCUGUCAUCCUCUUUCUUAACAAGAAAGAUCUAUUGGAAGACAAGAUCCUAUAUUCCCACCUUGUUGACUAUUUCCCAGAGUUUGAUGGCCCACAGAGGGAUGCACAGGCAGCCCGUGAGUUCAUUCUCAAGAUGUUUGUGGAUUUAAAUCCAGACAGCGAUAAAAUCAUCUAUUCUCACUUCACAUGUGCCACAGACACAGAAAACAUCCGUUUCGUGUUUGCAGCUGUCAAGGACACCAUCCUGCAGCUCAACCUGAAGGAGUACAACCUGGUUUGACCUGCUCUGCUCUUGGCCCCUUGAGAGAGGCUUCAUUGUGAAGAAAAGACAAAAAAAGAAAUUUUAAAUAUGACAGGAAAAAAAGUUUUAAUUUCUGAUGAUGUAAUGAUUGCAAAUUGUCUGAUCUGUGGAGUGGCAAGUGCUCAGUGUUAUCCUGGAGUCUCAUGUCUCUGUCCACAGAGUAGUUGAUUUCAUAUUUUUAACAAAUUGCUUUUAUUUCACAGUUAAUGGGGAUAUGCCUCAUUUCUUCAGCACCUUGCUUACUUCUUAAUUUUUGCCAAACAGCUAAGGCAGUCUCAUCUUGAGCUUUCCUUUGUUGCUUUUGGUAUAUAUAGAAAAGAAACCAUCAACUUUCCAGCUGAGAUUGUGAAUUUGCUGGACUGUGGGAGUGCAGAAUGCUACUGGUCCCUUUGCCUUGUGCUAUAGGGUGCCUCUGGUGUAAUUUGCUAAUCCUGCUUGCUUCCCCUCCCCCCCGUUUCUUUCCCUUCGCUUCCCCAGGACAUGCUCCAUGGUUCACUGUGAUGAAAUGUUGGGGAGGAACGAUUGCUCUCCAACUAUUGUGCAAAAAAAGAAAAAGGCAAAACAAACAAAAAAAA